ACCUCCCAACCACCCUAACCACCAUUCCCAACGGCCUUCCCCCCCGAGAGAUUAGCAACAUAACAUACCCUAGGUUUGUCAGCAAAAACUUUCAUCUAUUUUCUUUGCUGGUUCAUGCAACUAAAUUCCGAUUCUAAUACCCAACAGGCGUGCAGCCGCGAGGAUCUCUAGCCGCCACUGUGUUCCUUUUUCCAUAUAUCUCACAUAUCGUUUAGGUCCGGAUAUAUGCCCUGCUCAGUCAUCUUAUUCUAGGAGGCCAGGCCCUAACUGACACUGAGAUAAUUAAGAGAACCCCGGGUACCCCUUUCCCUACCUCUUCCCAACUUACUUUUUUUCGCUUUCAAAACUGUCUCUUGCUCCCCUUACCGCACUCAACAUGUCAGCCACAUUCGGGGUUACCGGGGAGCCAUCUUGGAAGCAGAACCCAGUUCCAACAAUUCAGAACACUCCACAACCACCGACCCAUCCCAGCCAAGCUACAACUAGGCAGUUUUCAAGGAACGAUCCAGUUACGAAUGAUGGCGAACCCUCAGCUCCCCCUCGUCAUACGGAGGCCGGUAACACCAGGCCCCUCGGAGCAGUCGAGAAUCAAGCAGCUCAUACCGGUUUGCCUGUUGGAGUGGAUCCGGAACCCAACCUGGAGAGUGCUCUUGAAGGGAUACCCGCCGAACAUGUACACAGCUUCACUACAGUUGAACAGGUACUCGGAAUCAUUGCAGAGACCCAAAGCUCUCAGAAUGAUGUUUUCUGCCCUUAUCUGGCCUUUCUUAACACCCCAGUCGAUGGCCUACACAGCUUCGAUUCAGUUCAAUCAGCGGGUAUUAGGAAACAAUACUUUGAAUCCACCCACGUCCUGAUCAUCAAACUGCCUUCUGGGCCCCACGAAACCGUUACAGCGGGCGUUCGAAACUGCAUCAAUCGUAAUGCAGUCCUCAUGGGCGGUGUUGACCGAGAGCUGUCAGACAUCGGAUCUAAAACCUAUAAACCAACGCGUACCAUAUAUAGCGACUCCUGUAAAGAGGGCGAUGAGGGGAUCCUGCCACAUCAGAGAAGGGGCGGCCAGGGUAGCUGGCCUACGCUCAUCUUUGAAACUGGAGUCUCGGAGGCUUUGGGAAGGCUGCAACAAGAUGCCCGAUGGUGGUUUGAACAGAGCAAUCACUCAGUCCAUGCUGUGAUUGUUUCUCAUGUCCUUUGUGAUGAGCGGAUUAUCGACUUGGAGAUUUGGCGCAUGCAACCAAUCCAACAUCCAAGACCAGCAACAAGAUCGAACACAUUUCUGGAGCCACGCUGCGAUCACCGCCUCCGUAUUGAUUGCUCUACUACGCCAGCAACCACGACCGGCGCUGUUCCAUUUUUCAUCAUCAGUUUUGAGGCGCUGGUCCUAAGACCGAGGGCUGAGAAUGAGACUGAUUUCCUCCUGACGCAACAGGAUAUUGAGUAUAUUGCAACGGUUUUCCGUGCUAGUUUAUGAGAGCAUCUUCUGACAACCUCCUUAUCGCAUAACUCUGAGCGCCUUUACCAGCUCUAGAAAGCUGUUGGUCAUGUUUCAAUGUAUUAUAGUGUUUUUUUUUUUUUUUCGCUGCUCCUGUGCUCCGCGUUUCCUGGUCGUACCACCUGUUUUUGUUAAAAUGAAUCUGUGAUCGAUACCAAGAUAACCUUUCUUGCUUCUAUGGAUAGUUCUACGUCAUCAUAGGCCUUGGAGAUUUUAAUGUGGUACUUUUUUUUUCGCUUUUCUCAGAUGGUUUUUCCGGCAGCAUCCUCGGCAAAGGGAAUGCUGUAGUAUCAUGGUUGGGAAUUCACAAACUACAGGGUAA